AUGUCCUUCCUCACCUGGGCCCUCAUCGCAUAUGUGACCGCGGCAGCGGCUUCUCCUGCUCGUCGCGCCCCCAACCCAUUUGUUGUCCUCGAUAAUGCGACGGUAAUUGGGGCCACGAACGGAACGACCACUCAAUUCCUCGGUAUUCCGUUUGCGCAGCCUCCCGUCGGAGAUCUGAGGCUACGGCUUCCGCAGCCUAUUUCACCAUACGAAGGUCUAAUCAACGCCACCUCGUUUGGCAACCAGUGCAUACAGCAGGACUUCGUACUACCGCUGUUCCCGGCCGAUGUGCCCGAACCUGCGCAGGAAUACCUUGAGGCAUUUAUCUCCAUCCAGGAUGUCCCCCAGAGCGAGGAUUGCCUGAACCUCAAUGUCAUCACCCCCGCAAACGCCACCUCGGAGUCAAAACUACCCGUCGUCGUGUGGAUUUAUGGAGGAGGAUUUCAACUCGGGUCUAAUGCGGUACAACCCGGCGAUGUCAUUGUAGCACGGUCUAUCGAAAUUGGCCACCCCAUCGUCUAUGUCGCCAUGAACUAUCGAUUGGGUGCAUUCGGCUUUCUCGGCGGUAGGGAGGUCAAGGAGGCCGGCAUCGGAAAUUUGGGUCUACAGGACCAGCGUGAGGCUUUUAGAUGGAUUCAGAAAUAUAUCUCCGCAUUCGGCGGGGACCCAUCCAAGGUCACGAUCUGGGGCGAGAGUGCCGGUGCGAUCUCGGUAUCGCUUCACAUGCUCACGAACGGCGGCGACACGGAGGGCCUAUUCCGCGCAGGCUUCAUGGAGUCCGGCAGCCCGGGAAUGUAUGGCGACAUUCUCGAGAUACAGGCGACCUACGACCAGAUCGUCUCCGACGCCGGGUGUGCGUCUGCAAGCGAUACGCUGCAGUGCCUCAGGACUGUACCUGCGAAUGUAUUGCAUGCCGCUAUGGACAAGUCGCCUUCGUUCGUCGACUUUGUGCAAGUGAACACUCCCUGGAACAUCCGUUCGGACGGUGUUUUCCUGACCGAGCCUCCGCAACAACUUCUCAUGAAAGGGCAAAUCGCCAACAUCCCGAUCGUGAUAGGGAACGACGAAGACGAAGGCAGCGCGUUCGCGUUCCCCUCGCUCAAUGUCACCACCGACGAUCAGUUCUUCGACUACCUCUCAUCAAACUUCUACCCCAAGGCGAGCAGCGACGAACUCGCACCAAUACUCGACUUGUACCCCGCCGAUCCCGCCACGGGGUCUCCGUUCGGCACGGGGGACGCGUUCGCGUACUCGCCGCAGUACAAGCGCAUCUCCGCGUUCCAGGGCGACUGGGUCGAGCAGGCGCCGCGGCGGCUGUUCGCGCGCGAAUUGGCCAAGACGCAGCCGGUCUAUGUGUUCUGUGCGUACCGUUUACACUCCUUUUGCGAACUACUCCGCGACCGUGACGCUCAACAUUGGGCUACUACAGUGAACAAGGGCGGGAAGAUCGAAGGCAUCGGCGCGGCACACGGCUCCGAGCUGGCGAACGUGUACGGGGGUGGUGAUAUGGCUGACUACCUGAUCCGCUUCGCGAGCACGCUCGAUCCGAAUGGCGACGGGGCGUUCCACUGGCCCCCAUACACCAGCGAGAGCCCCCAGCUGUUGACAUUCCAGGACGGGGCGGUGCCGCUGGCGAUGGGAGAGGAUACGUACCGCGCGGCGCAGAUGGAGUACUUGCAGGGGCUCAGCUUGAAGUACCCUGCGUAA